AUGUUUGGUAAUCCUCGGGUAAAGGAAUCGAAGGCACUUCAUAAGAAUGCUCCAGGAGUGCCUCCCCGAUAUUCAUCACAAGAUGAAAACAUGCAAUCAAUGGGAGUAGUGGAACACGAAGACAGGCUCCGCGAGGUGGACUCUUGGUCACCCAUACCCUUUUUGAGCUCAUCGGCGAGUCCUGUACCACUGUCUUCAGGGCAGAAUGAUGACCUACAAGGAACGGACCGAUCGUCAAAGGUAAUAUUACAUGAAUCUUGUUUAGUGAAGGGUGCUCCAUCUUGCGACAAAGCGAAGGCCAAAUUUGACGAACUCGGGAAGGACUUUCCGAGUGAUUUGCCGUAUAUCAUUACGUACGAGAAUAGAUCUCUGGAAGCCAAAUGUCAGGAAUGUGGUCGCAGAUUAAAAAUCGAGGGCUCUGCAAUUGGUGGUAUUAUAAACCAUGCGACCGGCACACCGCACGGUUUCAACGUCAAACAAAGACUAGAUUCAAACAAUUUGGAAGAGACAUUAACCUCAAAAGUUAUGGCCCGAAGGAAGGCUAUGGAAAAUUCAUCUGUACCAAAUCCUUUCAGGGAAGUCCCAAACCGGCGGAAAUUUGAGAACAUAGAGCCAUUGGAUCUUUCCUCUAUUGAAGUUGAUCCUGCUGGACCUGUCAACCAUUCUGGAUCUGAGCCAAGAAAAUCGAAACGCCGUAAAGUAGCAUCUGCGUUCCCCGCUGAAAUUGAUACAAGUGAUCUUCGAAUUAGUACAGGCUUGAAGAAUCCUGUAGGCAGGCCUCGUGGAUGGAAAAAAAACAAAAUAUCUUCCUCGAUAAGCGAAACGUCUGCUCCGGCGCUAGAACGUACUGUCGCAGAUAUUUCUGAAAGACUUACGGACAUAGACCACCAGUUCGAUUACAAAAUCAAGAAACAAAGAGAUCAAACAUUGCUUUUUAAUGCAGACCUAAUUGGGCUGAGAAAUUUCUAUGGCAAAAGGCUAGAUACUCUAGAGCAAACUUCGGAAACGCAAAAACACGAACUCAAAUUAUGCAAUGCGAAUUUCAAAGACUCGAAAGCACAAACUGAUGCCUCUUUCCACAAAGACAAGAUCAGCUUGGCGAAUAUGGAGAGUGCGCUUGGGAAACAGAAGGAUUUGAUCGAUAAUUUAAGCAAGCUCCUAUCGAAUGCAGAAUGCACACUGAGGGAUCAGAAGAAAGUCAUGAAUACUCUAGCUAACUCCUUUCCGGAUAUGGAAUGCGAGCUGAAUGAGCAGAAGGAAAUCGUUAGCCUUCUGGCUUCGAAGACGGAAAGUGACCUAAAGGGACAGAAGGAAACCACUACUAAUUUUGCUGAGCUGAUGGACAAUAGGCUGACUGGACAAAAGCGAAAGGUUGACCACCUGAUGCAACAAUUGAAGAACUUAAAUGACGGCGGAGGAUCCAUUGACUUGUUGCGGUUGCAAACCGAGGACGAGCUCCAAAACCACCAAAAGCAGAUUGCCAAUCUCGAACAGAAAAUAUCCAGAAUUCGAUAUGACGCCACUAAAGAAGUUUCUGAGAUCAUCAAGAAGCAAAAUUUUCCUCGUAUUUAUGUAGACCGGGUCGAGAAAAUGGAGAACUCUAUUGAAGAACUUAACAAAAAAUCGGAAGGUUCAUUCCCGGCUAAGACUUCUGAGGCUAUUAUAGAUCGAGUCGUUGGUUAUACUGCGGAAAAUCACAACACAUUGGAGGAGAUGGUUAGGGGAGUUGACAAGAGGCACUCAUAUCAACGCGAAUCAUUCAUAGAAGCGCUUGAAACAAAGAUAUCUUGUACUUCUCAAGCUGCCAUUGAUCGAGUUGCAGACUUGGAGGGGAGUUCCAAGGAGUUCCAAACAAAACUGACAGGCAUGGCUGGUCUAGCUGUGGAGCCCCAGUUGCAACGUUGCAAACAAUACGCCGAGCUCCUUGAAAAGCAAGCAGUUGAAUUUCGACCCUAUAUGGACCGGAUUGUUCGAUUAGAAGACAACAUUUCUGAGUUCAGAACCUUCAAAAAUAAACUUGACAGUUUGGAAACGUGUACCCAAGGCUUUCAAAAGUGGUUAGAUGAAAUGGCUUGUGAGUCAGGAGAGUACCGGUUGCAACAAGACAGUUUACGCACUGAAUUUCUCAAAAGACAAGCGCUAGAAUCUCAAGCUUUCGUGGAGCGAAUUGUGAACUUGGAAAAGAGAACAACAGAUAAAACUCGUCUAAUGGAAGAAAACAAAGUGUCUGCAGAGCCUAUGCGAAAAUGUAUGUUAAAUUUUCGGUAUACAUCCGAUCAAAUCGCCCAAUUGAGAAAAGAAGUCCAGAGUUAUGAUAGCAAGCUCGGGGCAGUAUCUGCGGCUUUAGACAAUCGCCGGUUACAGCAAUUGAAAGAGCAUACAGAACUCAUCGAGGAGAGAGUAUCACACAUUCAGACAGACUUCGAUAAUAUGGUCACAAGAUUUGCAGCAGAGGCACAAAAUAUCGCUACUCAAGCCGCCAGGUUUGAGGUGACAGGGGAAAAUAGUUCUAGGGAUCGCCAAAUUGAUGAUCUAGCACAAUCUAUCAGACCGAUAAUGCUCCGUCUAGCAGGACUAGAGAGCACCGAGAAGCAGUCUGAUAAAAUGGUAAUGAUGCGUCUGGGAGCUCUAGAGAAGAAUGAGAAACAGUCUGAUGACAUGAUGAUGUUACGGCUGGCAGCAUUAGAAGAGAAGAACGAGAGGCAAGUUUCUAGGAUCUUGGAAUUAGAACGAGGAAAUCAGAGCUUGCAAAGAGAAGUAAUGAAGCUACAGCAGCCCAAUUUAGGGUAA